AAAUUUAGGUUAAAUUUUUAUUUACUUCACUACCAUAGUCACUAACUUUGUUUUGUUUAUUAUUGGUUUACUAUAAUCUGUUUGGUCUUGUAUGAUUUUCUAUAAAAUUUAUCAUUAUUAGAAGUUAUUUAAGUAAUUAAUUAUGUUUAUUUAAUAAUUUUUUAAGUAUGGAUAUUCUAAAAGCUGAAAUAGAACGAAAACGGAAGGAGUUGGAAGAUAAAGAUUUAUUGAAACCGCAAAAGAAGUAUUUUCGAAGAGGAGAACUUACAGCUAAGGAACUCGAAAAAUAUAAGAGCAAAUAUAAUCCAAACCCAGAUAUUUUCACAAACUCUACUGAAGUCGAAAAAGGUGACAAAUCUGAUACUGAUGUUAAACAUAAUAUUCUUCCAAGACAUGAGGUCAUUACCAAGCUUAGGGAUAGAGGAGAACCAAUUUUAUUAUUUGGAGAAUCAGAUACCGAUGCUUUUAAAAGACUUCGUAAAAGUGAACUACUCGAGCCAGAAGUUAAUAGGGGAUUUAGAAAUGAUUUGCAAGAAGCCAUGGAGCAAGUUGAUCAGGCAUACUUAAACGAACUCAUAAAUUCAAAAUCUUCAGAGACAGAAGAAAAUAAACAGAAUAAUAAAAGUCAAGAGCCCACUGUAAGCUAUGAAGAAAUAUGUGAAAUGGCUAAGAAAAUGGGAAGAGGCAAUAGGGAGCAUGAUAUGAUUACCAUUGUCCAUUUUAUUCAGCUCCUUUUACUAAAGUGGAAUGAACAGUUACAAAACAGAUCACAAGAGGAGAAAACAUCGACAAGAGGAAAAAUUCAAGGAGCCACUUAUGGACAGACACAAGUAUAUCUGAAGCCGUUGCUGAGGAAACUCAAAUCAUUUACGCUUCCUGAAGACAUUUCAGACAGUUUAACUGAAAUAGUGGUUCAUUUGUUAAACCGCAAUUAUUUAAAGGCAAGUGACGCGUACCUUCAGAUGGCGAUAGGAAACGCUCCCUGGCCCAUAGGUGUUACUAUGGUGGGUAUCCACGCCAGAACCGGUCGCGAAAAGAUCUUUUCGAAGAACGUGGCCCACGUAAUGAACGACGAGACGCAAAGGAAGUACAUCCAGGGACUGAAACGAUUGAUGACCAAAUGUCAGGAGUAUUACCCGACCGAUCCUUCCAGAUGCGUCGAAUAUCAGGCAUUUUCGACAGAGGGGAGUUCAGCCCAAUAAUUGACAUUCAUAAACGAAUAUAGGUAUGUGAACAUUAUUUGAAGUAAGACAUAUUGGUAAUAUAAAAAGAUAUAUACAACCUUUUGUUCUUACAGCAAUUUUUAUUUAUUUACUUAAAGUUAUAAUUUUGUAUAUAUCUAAAAAUUAAAUAAAAAACUUACAAUAUUAAGA